AUGGAUUUGGUAGAUGAUUUAGUUGGACUGGAGGAGCAGAGUGAUUAUAAUGAUUCUUUAUCUAUGUCUUUUGGCAGUAUCCAAUCUGACAGUGUUGGCUUUGCAUUAAAUUCUAAAUGUGAAAGGCCACCAAAAUAUUUUAAAUGUGUUGGAGAAAACAGAUCAAUUGAGGAAAUCCAUGAAAAUUUGGUAGUUUCUUCUCCUACUGGAUCUGGCAAAACCGUUAUUUUUGAAUUAGCAAUAGUUCAAUAUUUGCUGCAUUUAGAAGACAUAGCGUACAAUGGAGAUUUUAAAAUGUUAUACUUGGCUCCCAUGAAAGCCUUAUGCACUGAACGUCUUCGGGACUGGUAUUUCAAAUUUUCUCGUUUAGGAUUAUCUCUUAUUGAGGUUACAGGAGACAAUGAAAAUUUUGAAUUUAGCCAUUUGGCAGGUUUUCAUAUAAUAAUCUCAACUCCAGAAAAAUGGGAUUCAAUAACAAGACGAUGGAAAAAUAACACUGAUAUUGUGAAAGUUAUCAAAUUGGUCCUUAUUGAUGAGGUUCAGUUGCUAAAUGAAGAAAAACGUGGGGCUACAUUGGAGGCAGUUGUGAGUAGAAUGAAAACUAUUCGAGAGCUCAUGCAGCAGCAAAAUACUCUAGAACGAAUUAAAGCUUCAAAUGAUAAGCAUAGAGUUCCUUUAAAUGACAAUGAAGUUCAACAAGAUAUGCGUUUUGUUGCUAUUUCUGCAACUAUGCCUAAUGUCGAAGAUAUAGCUAUGUGGCUUGGUGAUAAAGGAAAGCCUGCAAAAUUUUUACAAAAAUGGGCUAAACUGACUGCGUCAGCCUUACAAAAAUUGAUGACCGUGAAAUUUACAAAUGAGCAAUUACAAAUUAUAAUGCAAACAGGUUCCAAAAUUCUCGACAAUAACCUGCGUCAAAUACUACCAUCUGGUGUUGCAUAUCACCACGCUGGAAUGGCAAUUCAAGACAGAAAGGCCAUUGAAGAACUGUUUAGAAAUGGAGAUCUCCCAAUAUUAGUUGCUACAAAUUCAUUAGCAAUGGGAGUGAAUUUGCCAGCUCAUUUGGUUAUUGUUAAAGGUACGACGCAGUAUAGUGGUGCUGGAGUGCGUAGACCAUAUUCCUCGAGCACUGUUUUGCAAAUGAUUGGCAGGGCUGGUAGACCACAGUUCGACACUACUGCUACAGCCGUCAUCAUGACAAGCCAACAACAAGUAGUAAAAUGCGGACCUGAUGAGGAUAUAUACCCAGGAGUGAAAGAGAGGGUAUCUCCAUCAUGGUAUAAAACAAAGAAGUUUUAA